AUGAUGUUAAGACUGGUGAUAGUGAUGAUGGUGGUUGUACCACAAAUUACUUAUACAGCCGAUCCUAUAGUUAACACAAAAUUGGGAAAUAUAAAAGGAAGCCAAAGAACAGUAACAUUUGAUGGCAAAGUCACAGUUAUAACGCAGUUUCUUGGAAUACCAUUUGCAGAGCCGCCAGUGGGUGAGCUGAGAUUUCAAAAACCGGUGCCACAUGCAAAGUUUACUAGCACGUAUGACGCCACGGAAUAUGGUUUACCGUGUUCUCAGGGAACUUUAAGUAGUGAUAAAUUAACCCUCACGAAGAAUUUAAAUAAAACUGGAGAAGAUUGCUUGCAUCUUAAUAUUUUUGUUCCUAAAAUUGUUGGCAACGAGAAAAAUCCUGUCAUGCUUUUUAUUUAUGGUGGUUCUUUUAUCCACGGUGCAUCUUUAGCGUAUGAUGGUGGAAUCCUGGCUUCGUACGGGGAUGUUAUAGUUGUAACCAUCAACUAUAGAUUAGGACCUUUUGGAUUUUUGUCCACUGGAGAUAAAGAGCUACCAGGUAAUGCAGGUCUUUGGGAUCAACAUCUAGCUAUCAAAUGGGUAAAAGACAAUAUUGCUUCUUUUGGUGGCGAUGACUCAAGAAUAACAGUGUUUGGUGAAUCUGCUGGAGGUUCCAGUGUUUCAUUCCAAACUCUGUAUCCGGGAAACAAGGGACUUUUUCAUAACGCCAUAGCCGAGAGUGGUGCAGCAAGUGCUUUUUGGGCAACUGUUCCAGCUUCAGAUGCAUUUGACAAUGCUAAAAAAUUCGCAGAAAAAUUUGAUUGUGAUACUUCUAACUCUCAAACGAUUGUAAAAUGUUUACAAGGUGUCAAAAAUGACACCAAAAUAGCUGAAGUAUCAAUACAGUCUUUAGAUGUAAAAUGGACCCCUGUCCUGGAUGACAAAUUUAUCAGUUCCAAAACAGUAGCAUCAUUAAAAACAAAUAAUGCCCAAAACAUGUUUCAAGACUACAAUAUGAUUAUUGGAUCGAACGGCUUUGAUGGUCAUUUGUUUAUGAUCACACUUUAUGCCCUUGUCACAGAACACAUUAAACGAUCACCAACGUCUAUGUUCCCGGAAAUAUUUAGAUCGUUUCUUAAAACUCAGAUAAAACCAUAUGCUGCAGAUGCAAAAUCUCUCAAUGACGCAGUGGAUGGAGCUUUUUUCGCCUAUACAAACGCAGAAAAUCCCAAUGACAUGAACUACAAUCUUAAAAAGGCUUGUGAUUUUAUUACUGACAGUUUAUUCUUUAUACCAGCACUACAAGACACGAUGAAUCAUGCUUUAAACAACACUAAAACCAGAACCUAUCAAUAUGAAUUUAAUCAUCAAUACCCUUGGAAACCACCUGGAAGCGAAUGGCUCCAAGGAGCUACCCACGCUGGAGAAAUACCGUACGUCUUUGGAUUUCCUUCAUCAAUAUCAAUUGUAACACCUCAAAUUGCCAAAGUUGGUCAACCAUUUUCAAAAGUCGUCAUGGAUUAUUGGACUAACUUUGCUAAAAAAGGAGAUCCUAACAAUCCAAGAACAGUACCAGGUAUAUGGAAGGAAUUCACCAAUAAAAAUCGUGAUUAUCUUUACUUUCCUCAAACUGGAUCUCCUGAACAUAAACAUCACCUCAAUGGACGUAGAGCAGAUUUUUUCUUGACGUAUCUCCCCAAACUGUUACAAUCUGACAACUUGACAGUUCUAACUACUGACUGUUCGUCUUCUGCUAAUGUUCUGUCUACAAGAGUCAUACAUAUUUGGAUUAUUUUUAUCUUGUUUUUUCUUACAUUUAUGAAAUAA